AAAAAAAAACAUAUGUAAAACUUCUGCCUAAAUCUAAUAAAUUAAAGUAUACACAAGAACAAAGUGUCUUGUCUUCCCAAAACCAAAGUGUCCAUGGCCAUAAUUGACACACCAAACUUCUUGUUUUAUCUGUCCAUUUUUGUUUCCUUUCUGCAUUGCAUACAAGACCCUGUUAUCUUUUUCGACUAGUAUUUACAAGAAUUUCAUAGACAUGGAGAUAAACUUAAUUGUCCUCAACUACCUAAUGCGACAAUCCUAAUUUGAAAACUCUUUAAGGUUGAUCCUUAAUUAAAUCUAACUCUUAAAAGCACGAACUACUAUAAAUACAACACCAUUUAGUUUGAACAAUCAUCUUGUGUAUUAGCAUUUUGUCAUAGUAGUGUUUUCUACAAUGUGCAAUUUAAUUGGGUCUGAAGCUAUUUCAAAUGGCAAUGCUUCGAAAACUGAGAACAAAAGUUGCAGUGAUGAUGGAGGAAGAUCGACUGGCUGGCUGCUGAAGAAAAAGGUCAAAAACACUAACACUUAAUUUCCACUUUUGAUGAUGCUUUUCCAAAUGGCUUUGUUUUUUUUUUUUUUUUUUUUUUUUUUUAACACGUGCAUAUAUUUAAUACUAAUAGAAUACGGUUUUGUCAAUUAUAUUUAAUAUUCAUUCAUUUCAUUCUUAGAACAUGAUAUUGUCUACGAUACAGCAUGGUUUUUGCUUAGAGAUCAUGGAAAAAUUACUGAAAAUUAACUGUUUAUAUAUUAUAGUGAAAGGCAAUGGCACCAUACACCAUGUGAGUUAAAAUGCACCCGGCAAUAGAGCAGUGUGCAAUAUUAAUAUCUUUGCUAUUAAUAUCUGGUGUUAGGUUUAAAAUGGUGACCUGGGACUUCACUGGCCAGCCAAGAAAAAGAGAUUUUAUAUCUCCAGAAUUAUAAUUUGUGGCAUACCCUGUAUAUAAAAAGGGAAAGAAAUGUGAAACUUAGCUAAAAAAGAAUAGAAAGUAUCAAUAAAGGAGAUGGAAUUGUAGAAAGUUAAGUUGAGAAAUUUUAAAUGAAAAUGGCCUUUUGUGUGUGUGUGCGUGUGUGUGUGUGUGUGUGUAACAUGGGCUCAUUGCUUUCUAAUUUUUACCAAUAGAAAACCCUUCUGUGUGUGUAUAUAACAUAGGCUCAUUGCUUUCUAAUUUUUACCAGAAGGAAACCCCUCUGGUUUGUUAAAGUAAAAAGGAGAUUUUAUGGGAAGCUUCCAAACAAUUAGGAUCCACGGGGUGUUUCUUGUCCGCGAGUGUGGAUAUCUAUUUUUUUUAAGUGCCUGCAAUAUGUUUGUUUCUCUAUGUCUCAAAAUAAAUGUCGGUGAAUUUAGCAAAAAAUAAAAAUAAUAAUAAAUAAAUGUCGGUGAAUGGUAUGCAGGUCGGGCAGGAGUUAAAAGCACUAUGUCAAAUUGCAAGCCCCAUGAUACCUCAAAUUGCAAGCCCCAUGAUACCAACAAGCCUGCUUCUGUACUCCAAGAAUAUCAUUUCCAUGCUCUUCUUGGGACAUCUAGGGGACAUUGAGUUAGCUGGGGGUUCCCUCUCAAUUGCAUUUGCAAACAUAACAGGGUACUCUGUUCUCAAAGGCUUAGCCAUGGGGAUGGAACCCAUAUGUUGCCAAGCUUAUGGAGCCAAAAAAUGGGAAGUCCUCAGCCAAACCUUUAAGAUGACUUCAUAUCUCCUGUUUCUUACAGCCAUUCCUAUUUCUCUGUCGUGGUUAAACAUGGAGCCCAUACUCCUAUGGUUAGGUCAAGAUCAAAACAUUACUUCGGUGGCCAAGAUAUUUAUAACAUACUCUGUUCCUGAUUUGCUAGCUCAAGUCCUCCUCCAUCCCUUGAGGAUUUUCUUAAGGACUCAAAAUAUAACUACACCCAUCACCUUAUCUGCUGCUUGUGCAAUGAUCCUCCACCGUCCGAUCAAUUACUUUCUUGUCGUAUAUCUGAAUAUGGGGUUAAUAGGGGUUGCUCUAGCCUCAGCUUGGAACACCAUAAACUUAAGCCUAGGUUUGCUAGUAUAUCUUUUUCUAUCUUCAACAGCUCUGAAACCUUGGGAUGAGAAAGCUAAGUAUACAUGCUUUCAAGGAUGGCAAAAACUGCUAGCCCUAGCGGUGCCAAGUGUAAUCUCUGUGUGUCUUGAGUGGUGGUGGUAUGAAAUAAUGAUACUACUGUGUGGUCUUCUAAGUAAUCCCGAGGCAAGUGUAGCUGCAAUGGGAAUACUCAUACAAACAACUGGAUUCAUCUAUGUGUUUCCUCACUCUCUGAGCUUGGCUUUGUCAACUCUUAUUGGCCAUGAGCUAGGGGCUGGACAGCCUGCAAAGGCUCAAAGGACAACCAUCAUGGGACUGAUUUUUGCCUUUGUUUGUGGUUUAUUGGCUUUUGGUUUCACAAUUGCAGUCAAAGAUGUGUUGGGGAAGCUAUAUACAAGUGAACCACAAAUACUUGCUCUGACAUCAGUUGCACUUCCUAUCUUAGGGUUUUGUGAACUAGGUAAUUGUCCCCAGACAGCAGCAUGUGGAAUCCUAAUAGGGUCAGCCAGGCCUAAGGUGGGUGCUGGUAUAAAUUUUGGUUCCUUUUACCUAAUUGGUUUCCCAGUAGCGGUUCUUAUUAGUUUUACAUUCAAUAUGGGUUUUAAAGGGCUGUGGUUAGGCCUAGCUGCAGCUCAGAUUUCAUGCAUGUGCAUGAUGGUCUGUUCCUUAGUUUGCACUGAUUGGGAGCACCAAGCUAAGAGGGCCAAAGAACUAACUCAGGCUACAGAAGGUGACCAAAAUGACUUAGAAGCCAAUCUUCUUGGCUGAUUUUUCUUCUCAAAGUUGUUAGAAUAAUUCUUUGUCCUAUAGAUAUCCUCACCUAAAAUUGAAUUCUAAAAUAAAGAACAGGAAGUUUACAUGUUA